CUUUGGUUGUUAUUGGGUUUCGUUUUCAGACAUUUCAGUCAGCGCAAGGUUGGUGUUUAUUGCAACACAACCCUACAACUAUGGGAAACAAUAGUAGCGGGACAUUGGAGAAAACGACACACGAAUCAUUUUUAUGCCCUUUGUGCCAUAAUGUCUAUCGAAAUCCGUUUACGUUGAAGUGCAGACAUUGUUUUUGCAAGGGCUGCAUUGGGGAGUUAUGGAGCGAUUCUGCAAACGGACCGUACUAUUGUCCAGAGUGUCAAGAUGAAUACAGAACACUACCGUUUGAGAGAGAAACAGUGAAGCCGCUCAAACCUGUUUGGCGGAAGUAUAAAGACAGCAAAUCUUCAGGCCUUAUCAACAAUGAGGAAGUAAUUGUCCUUGACGUAGUCAGCGGGGAACCUGUCAAGGAUUCCACCCGGUCCUCCCUCUCCAAGCGUCUCCUGGGCAAGCGAGCAGCCAGUUCGCCUGCUCCAGGCCAACCCAGUGACAGCAAGAGACCGUCCAUGGGCUCCCAGGGACCAGCAGGUGACGGAGAGAGACCCACCACCUCCUCCUCGGUCAUUCCCAGAGGAGCACCUGGCUCUGGGCCAUCUAGGCCAUCCUCUGGGCUAUCAGGUGGCAGUUCCUCCAUGUCCACAAUCUCACAAACUGUCUCCAGAACCUUGAUACCAACAGAGGAGCCCCCAAAAGCUACGUCCAACCCAGCAGAGCACCUCGUACUUGAUAACCCUGAAGACGCCACCGCAAACCUGAGGAAAAACAUCCGUCCUGUGAAGGAAUCGACCAUAUCUGUCUUUGAAACAAAGUCCACAGCUGCACCCCCUGUCUCAACCAGCCUCUCAGCAGGGUCGAGGGUCUCGAGAUUUGUAACGGACGCCCUCAGAGAGAUCAACAAAACCCCUUCACCUCCGACCGCCACCAGCUCCCCAGUCCGCCCCAGUCUGCCCUCCGGAGUGGGCUCUGUGCCUUGCUACUACUGCCCCAGUCCCAGACACCAGCAGCCUGCAGUGAAGACCUGUCUGAUGUGUGGAGCCUCCAUGUGUGCAGAACACCUGCGGCCCCACCUGGAGUCUCAGGUGUUCCAGAGCCACACCCUGGUGGCCCCCAUAGAGGACAUCUCCUCCUGGAAGUGUCCCGAGCACCAGGAAAUGACCCGUAUCUACUGCCAGCAAUGUUCCGUGUGUGUGUGCACUGUGUGCACGGUCAUCGGGGCACAUCGUCAACACCCCUGCAUCAGCAUCAGAGAGGCUGAGACGGAGCUGAGGGAAAAACUGAAAGAAGAGAUGGUGAAACUGCAGGUAGCAGAACAGGCUUUACAGAGCAAAGUGACUGAGCUGACUGAGAAGAAACUGUCUUUCCAGGCGGUGCUGAGGGGGGCGCGUGCCGCCUUGCAGCAGCAGUAUGGCACCAUGCGGGAGGCUCUGGAGCAGGAGGAACAGCAGGCACUGCUCUGCGUGUCCCAGGAGGAGAGCAGGGCUGUGGGGGGCCUGGAGGGCCAGCUGACCUUGCUCCGGGAUAGCCUGACCUCCGUCCAGCGGGGGCUGCAUUCCCUGGAGGGCCUGGCUGAUGCUACAGGGGCGGCACGCGUGCAGGAGCAAGCCUUCAUCUUGGAAUACAGCAAGGUAACCAAAAGCAUGGAUGAGGGCCAGGUGAGUGCGGAUGAGUUCCAGCCUCCAGAGGAGGUGAACAGAGCCCGUCUGGCCAGCCUCCAGCAGUGGACCGAAAGGAGGCUGGACUCUGUGGUCAUCUCCUUACCAGACCGAGAGCCCUUAAGACUCCUCUAUGGAAUCAGUCCUUCUCUGGACCCUGACACAGCCCACCCUAAGCUGCUGUUGUCUGAGGAGAACAGAAAGGUGGUCUACACAGAGGCUCCGCAGGCCUGCCCGGAGCAGGAGGCUCGAUUUAGCACGUUCCCCCAGGUUCUGGCCUCCCGGGCCCUGAAAGAGGGCCGCUGGUACUGGGAGGUGGAUGUGCCAGGGCAGCUGGGCCGGUGGAAGGUAGGAGUCAGCGAGGGGCGUAUCGAGCGAAAGGGCCAGAAGGACAGCUGCCGCAUGGGCUUCAACCCCUACUCCUGGUGCCUGGUGAGCGAGAAGGGGAAGAUCGAGGCCCUGCACGACAAGGUGAACGUUUCUGUCGACGCAGGGGAACUCAAGACACUGGGAGUCUUCCUGGACUAUGAGGACGGAAGCCUGUCGUUUUACGGAGUGCCAGAAGGGGGCGCAAUGACCCUACUGCAUCGAUUCCAGCAGAGGUUCACUGAACCACUUUACCCUGCCUUGGCAGUGUCCAAGACCCGCUUAACCAUCUCUGAUCUGUUCCAUACACCUCCAUCUCGUUAGCGGUUGGAAUUAGCGCUAGACGACAACAUUUAAGUAUUUGGUGCGACUUUUUAAACAAUUUUAUAAUCCAUUUAAUAAUUUUAAACUGUUCUAUUUGAUAAUGACUGUGCUUUGCCAACAUACAUACAAAAUUGUUUCUAAAGCUUUUUUUAAGAUCAGAAUUUUAAGUGACCCGACUUUAUAUUUUUAAGACAACAAUUCUGUAUUUUUGUCUCAUCCGAAUAGAGAGGAUGCCAUAGAACUGUACCCACACGUAAUAGGGGGCAGUGUUAGGAAAAUAUGUAAUUUCCCUUGUAGUCAUCACUUACACUCUCUGUCUAAGAGUGUCACGUUGAACGUGAAUCUCAACGCAAUGUGAAAUAAACCAGUUUUUUUACCUUUUGCAUCCAAGACAAUAAAGAAGUGUAA